GUACAAGCGGCUACCUGAAUCAUUCACAAACUGAUCAGACUCAUCAGAGGAUUGAUCAUAGCUACACAUCAUUUUCUUCCCAUCGUCUGUCCAUCUCCAACCGGCACAAAUACAAUGAAACAUUGUUAAUAACACCAGAAACUAGUCCCCAAAUGCCUUCACCCAAACAAAAGCCAACAAGAUCCUACAUCCCUUUUCAACAGCAUGAUUCUUUAGUUGAGCCUACAUAUUAUGACUACUCAUUCAUGCCUAGUUACAUGGCCAACACACAAUCUUCAAGGGCCAAAAAAGUCAGGUCACAAAGUGAACCUAAGCAACGACCUGAUGGGAGCAACAACUAUAAAAGCAAGCACACAGAACUAGUAGAUUCAACAGAUGAACAGUUUCUGAGACGUUCGUCUUCACAGUUCAAAACCAAUGAUCAGAAAAACCAUGAUCUGUUUGGUAAGCUCUAUAGACCAAGAAGAUUGUUUGAGGAUAACAAGUAUGAUUACAUUAAUCCAAGUCAUUCCCAGUAUACUGAAUCUCUAGCUUCAGAGCCCCAUGUGAUAUUGUACUAAUAGCUCCUCGCACAUCGAUAUUGAGUUGGGAAAGGUAAACGGAUUCGAUGCUGAAGAUCAAAUUCUCUUGUAAUCAGUAAUAGUAAAAGUUCAGUGAAGUAUACACUAUACUAAUUAAUUACUAAUUGUACUUGU